UCUCACCCACGCUCCCACUCGGGGGACCCUCACGAACCCCCUUUUCCCUCCUUCGUCGUGCUCCCGAGUCGCUAGGGGGACCGUGUGUGUGGUCGCCCAUCUCCCUCCCCGGCUGUGCUUGAGUGUGUGUGUGUGUGCCGUGCCGUGCCGUGCCGUGGGGGAGUGUGUGUGUGUGUGAGAGAGGAGAGUGAGAGUGGGCCGGCCGGCCGCCACAUCUGCUGUGUCUCUCUGGGCGCCGCGUAGCAGGGAUGUUGCAACAGCAGCCGCCGCAGACCGGCAGCGGGCCCGCAGGCCGGGGCCUCAAUUUGAGCGCCCACCCGGCGCUGCACCCGCGCAACCCGGGACACCCGGGCCACCGGGGCCCCGGCGGCGCAGGGGAGGACGGCGGCGGGCCGGAGAGCCGCCGGGACAUCGGAGACAUCCUGCAGCAGAUCAUGACCAUCACCGACCAGAGCCUGGACGAGGCGCAGGCCAAAAAACACGCCCUGAACUGCCACCCCAUGAAACCGGCCCUUUUCAGCGUCUUGUGCGAAAUCAAAGAGAAAACCGGGCUGUCCAUGCGCAGCAACCAGGAGGAGGAGCCCCCCGACCCCCAGCUCGUCCGAUUGGACAACAUGCUGCUGGCGGAGGGCGUGGCCGGGCCGGAGAAAGGAGGCGGGGCCGCCGCGGCCGUCUCCGCGGCGACCAGCUCGGGGGGCGCGGUGUCGCCGGACAGCUCGCUGGAGCACUCGGACUACAAGAGCAAGCUGGGCCAGAUCCGAAACAUCUACCACACCGAGCUGGAGAAGUACGAGCAGGCCUGCAGCGAGUUCACCACCCACGUGAUGAACCUGCUGCGGGAGCAGUCGCGCACGCGGCCCGUGUCGCCCCGGGAGAUCGAGCGCAUGGUGGGCAUCAUCCACCGCAAGUUCAGCGCCAUCCAGACGCAGCUGAAGCAGAGCACCUGCGAGGCCGUGAUGAUCCUGCGCUCCCGCUUCCUGGACGCCAGGUCAGGGGGCGGGGCUGGGCAGUCAGAGGGCGGGACUGGGGUGUGGAGUUGGGCAUAUGAACACUCUGGGUCCGACUCCGGUUCAGUAACGGUCCCGCUGUGGGUUUUCCAGGUGUCCAACUGGUUCGGAAACAAGCGGAUCCGCUACAAGAAGAAUAUCGGGAAGUUCCAGGAGGAGGCAAACCUCUACGCCAUGAAGACAGCCAUUGGAGCCACAGGGGGAGAGUCGCCUCACACACCCACCUCCACAGGUUCGGGGUCGUUCUCACUCUCUGGGUCAGCUGAUCUCUUCAUGGGGGUCCCUCCUACGCUGAACGGAGACCAGCAGCCGUAUCACCCUGGGACUCAGGAGUCUCAGGGACGCUUCUCGGAGAGACUCGGCUCCUCCCAGCUCUACAGCCCCAGAGAAGGCAGGACAAACGGCAGCUGGCCAGAGGGAGGCACGCCCCCCUCGGUGACAUCACCGGGCAGCGACCACUCGGAGAACUCCAACUGAUGGCCCCGCCCUCUCCUGCGCUGUGAUUGGCUGGAGAGGGGGGUGAGGGGGCGGUGACGUCGAGAGAGCUGACAGGUUGCAGCGGAGUGGAGGCGGAGCCAGAGAGGAGGCUGGGGCGGGGGGCAGGGAGGGGCUGAGUGAGACAGGGUCAUGCGAGGUGUGUUUUCUGUUUCUCUUCUGGUGUUAUUUUUCGGGGGUUGGAGUUUUUCGGGGUGCCUGUUGCCAGGCUCGGGCUGGGCCUGCGCGUGAGUGUGGGCGUGCGUCUCCAGUGUCCGUCUCGGUCU